UAUACAGUAUCCUUGUUGUUCUUAGAUUAUCAUUCUUAGGGAAACAAAGCAUGAACCAGUUUUGACUCUUUCCUCCCUUCCCCUUUCCCCCCAAAACACUGUAAGUUAAAAAUAUGUCAUUUUUUUAAAGGAAAAAAGUAACAGCAGGAUUCAAAGAAUGAUCAAGCUUAGCUAUUCUUUCUCUAUGGGAAGCUUUCCCCAGAGGUAGAGAUUUCAAUUCAGAAGAAUGGAGCAAUCCUUGAGAAACUUUACUUUCUUAAAAAUUUUACUUCGUAGAAAAUCACUUCACUGUUGAAUAAAAGGACCCCAAAAAAGGAAACCUUCCCUUUGAAUAUUUUCUAUUACAGAAGUUGUGCUUAGACUUCAUUUUAUACUGUCACAUCCCUGCAUUAGACAUUUUGAAACAAACCGUCAAAAGCCACAAUUUGUUCCAAAAGGCUAGUAUCAUUUUUAGAAGUUCAAUAAAUAUUUAAAAAUCACUUCAAAAAUGACUUUUAGUUCUAUAUAUAGUUUGUUUGUGAAAAUAAUUUUAGAACAAGGUUAGGCAGAUAACAUCAAAUACUUGAGUCUUGUGCAUGUACACCCACUUGUGUAUAUCCACACGUGUGCGGGCACACAUUCACACAGACACACACACACACACACACACACACACACACACACACUGACCUACCUUAUGGACCUUUUUCUGUUUGCAUGGAGCCAUAUAUAGCUUUCCUCCUGUUUUAGAUUCCCUCCCAUUUCCCCAUUAGCUUUCUUAAAUAGGUAGGUUAGACUUUGUAAAUUAUGUCAAACUAUGUAUAUACAUAUAUAGGUACUAUUGACUUAAAUAUAAAACAUUUUGUGUUUUGAUUUUGUAUCAACUGUCCACACUUCAAGUACUGCCCUAAAGGAGAAAUAAGUAUUUGGUACUCAUACCUAGGACCUCAUUGUGCCUAAUUUCUAGUUCUCCUUUUGAACUUCUGGAUACUUGGGUAGAUAUGAAAAUCACUCAUUUACAGAUUCUGAGGCAACAUGACUGAAACUAGAGAACAGGGUUUUUAAUUACCUGCAAAAGUUCAGUUCUGUGUCAAUGCCAGGUGUAAUUUUGGUUCUUUUCCAACUGCCUACAGUGGUCCACAAAACCAAACCAACCUCUAAGUCUUGGCUAGCAAGGUAUGUUGUGUAAGAAGACAAUGGAAAAAGAUAAUUUGUGUCCUAGCAAAGUAAAAUGGUUGUUUGAGAUAAUCACUCCUGGGAUUCAGGCAAUCUUUCCCCCUUGCUUUUAAGGACAAAGAAAUAUUUUAAUGUUGCAAUGCCCAGAGGAUUACCGGAACUCCAGAGUCACAAGUAGCUAUUGAGUGUUGGUGUCUUUUGGAAAGAAAAACAUGAGAUGGGAGUAAUGGGAUGAUGGAUGGAUUGGGUAUUUCUUUUGGCAUCAUAAAUGUUCUCUUGGACUAUAAUUGUGAGCUCCCUGUUGAGUAAAGAGUGACAUUGAGAAUGGUUUUCUUCAUUGUUUGUUUCACUUCAUUUAGGUUUUGGAGUUGAAUAAGGAAGAAUUUAAGAAUGCUUUGAGCCUCUUUCCCUGAUGUUCUCUUUUGAGUCCUUUGAAAAAAAUGGUAAAUAAUAAUAGUGAUAAUAAUAAUUGUCAGGUUAUCUUGAGUCAAUAAUUAAAAUUAUUGGAGCACUUUACCAAUUUAUACUGCAUUUCUAAAUCUGAAUUAAAAUUCCAUACCUAUUUAUAUGGUCUUUCUAAGGACCCAUGUACCAUACUAUUUUCUAUCAGAUAUUUCUAAAAUGCAAAGUUGAGUGUGUAAUUUCAAUGACUACCCUUAACUUGAAGAUUAAAUCAAAUUAUGCUGUAUGAGUGAAAGAAGACCUCUCCACCUGCAUAUGUCUUCUGAACUCCAGAAUUUGAACCACACUGAGCUGCCUACAGUUCAUGUUCCCCGAUACUGUCUGUGCUUUCAGACAACCUGUGUCCUCUACUUAGAAUGGCUCUUCAUCUCUACCAACCCUCUUUCCUUAACUAACUUCUUACAAACUUAACUCAAGGGACACAUCCUUCCUGAUGGCUCCUGCCUCUCCAGCCCUGGUCAGGUGCUUUCUUCUGUAAUCCUGUUGUACCCAGGGCUUCCCUCUGCAAAGGCAAUUAACAGGCUUAGAGAGGUGGGCAGGGGUGAGGAUUGUAUUUGUAUGGUUUCUUAUCUCUUUGCCCCAUGUGAAAAUAAGGACUAAGACUUUUACUUCUGUCCCAAAUACCUGCACAUUAUUGUUACCCAAAUAUAUAUUGAGUAGAUGAAUUAAUUGGUGGAUAAAUGAGUGAACAAAUGACACACACUGUUCUUGUCUUGUUGUUUCGAGUUUGCAGUAUUUGUGGUGAGAUUUUUAUUUCUUCCACUGACAAUGACAGUGCCAUUUAGAAAAUCAUUCAACAAACAUUAAGCAUUUGCUGUAGCACAUGAUGUUUUUAAGAGAAAGGAAUGUAGUAAGAUUCUUAGUGGAACAAGUCCAGUCACAUGGCUGAGCUCUUUAUAGUUUGCUAAGAGACUAAAAAUUCAUUAGGCAAUUUCGAUUUAAGCACUGAUUAUGUGCCUCACACUAGCUAGUCUAUUAGGAUACAUUGGUGUACAGAACAAAGACUCCUGCCCUGUAGAACAUAUAUUUGCAGGCAUUCUAACAGGCAGAAGGAAAAAUUACCAUAUAUACACACAUAUAUAGUGUGUGCAUAUAUAUGUAUGUAUACAGUGUGGGGAACAGCAAAGAUAUCCGAAACAGUUAUUCAAGGGAAAAAUAGUUGGAGGGGCUUAGAGAGGUGGGCAGGGGUGAGGAUUGCUGCAAACACAGAUGGCAUAGGAUCUUGUAUAAAGGACAUUGACUUUGAUUGUGAGUGAGAUGAGACCCAUUGCAGAGGUUUGAACAUAGGAGUGACAUGAUCUGUCUUAGAUGUUGAAAGGAAUACUCCUGCUGUGUUCAGAAUAGACUCUAAGGGCAGGGUUGAAGUGGGGGGACCAAUUAAUAGGCCAUCUAGCAAUCCAGGUAAGAGAUGACUCUGGCUUGGAUGAGGCUGGUAGCAGUGGAGGUGGAAGAAAUAGUUAAAUUCUAGAUAUACUUUGAACAUAGAGCCAACAGAUUUUGCUGGUAGAUUUAAGAUGGAUAAGAGAGACAGAGAGAGAGAUUGAUUAAGGAUAAUUGCAAGGUUUCUGGCCUAAGCAACUGGAAGGGUUGGAGUUGCCAUCAACUGAGAUAUGGAAAUCUGUGGGUGGAGUAGGAUUUUUAUUUUUUUGGCCGAGGGUGUAGGGGUUAAGGCCAUUAGUAGCUGAGUUUGGGAUGUGUUAAGUAAGCAGUCUUAGACAUUCACGUGGAGAUAUCAAGCAAGCAGUUGAAUAUCUGAGUCGGGAGUUCAGGAAAGACAUCUUCACUGAAAUACACACCUGGAAGUCAUCUGCCAGUGGAUGGCAAAGUCUGGUGAGUAGAAGAGAUCACUGAAGAGUGUCAGUAAAGAGAGAAUAGGAACUGAAACUUGGGGCACUCUAAUGGCAUUAAAAGAUCAGGAAAAGGAAACUGAGAAUGAGCAGCCAGAGAGGUAGGAAACCAAGACUUAUGGUGCCCUUUAUUAACCAUGUAAAGAAAACAUAAAAGAGGAUGGAGUGAUCAAGUGUGUCAACUGCAACUGAUCUGAUAAGUAAGAUGAGGACUAAUCAUUAAGCAUUGGAUUCAGUAACAUGCAAGUUGCAGGUCACUGUGAUAAGACUCAUUCCAGGGGAAUAGAAGCCUGAUUAAAGUGGGGUGAAGAGAAAAUAGGAUGAGCAGAAUUGCAGACAGCCAGAUGGUGAAAGAAAGACCGGGGUUCUAGAUUCUUGAAGGUAAAGAGUAACUAAAACAAAAGGUUACUUUUUUACUGGUAAAUUGUUAUCACUUCACAAGAAUAUUCCUUUAUAUAGUAUAUAUAUAUAUGAUUAUAGUUUGAGGGAAAAAAUCAAGGAAAAAUGACAGUUUUCUUUCCUUCCUUUUUUUGGGGGGCAUUAUUAUGAGGGGGGAAAAUAUACAUAUAAGUAAGUGUUUUUACUUUAAACAUGAGUAAACUGUUCAAGCUAAAGACUUACUGAUUUACUUCCUUCAUGAAUUUGUCUGGUUCAUUUUAUUCCCUUGUCACUUAUUUUUCUUGAUGGCUUUUUUCCACUUAUAAAUUGGAAUUUAGUUCCACACCCGUGACACAAUUAUUUCUGUAAGUUUGGCCCAGUUUCUUAACCCAGAGACAUUUUCCUUUUCAGUGAGUGCUGUGAAUUUUCUUUUAAUAGUUCAUUGUCCUCUUAGGUUUUAUUUAGAAAGAGAAUUUUUUUUCCCUUACUCCUUUUCAAAAUUAUUGCUAAACAGUGGGAGAGGAAAGGACCAGCAAUGAUAGGAAAGAAAGAAUGUUUUCCUCACUUUGAAUUGCUAAGAUUUCAUUCUAAUCAUAAAAUAUUGUCAGGUUCCUUCCUGUGGGUUGGGCAGUCAGUCCAGAUCCUUUAUAGAAGAGGACUCAGGGACAUCCAAGCCAUAUUUGUAACCAGCAGGAAAAAAUGUGGAACUACUUAUUUUUCCUGAUACUACAUUUCUGUCUUUCAAGACUCCAGUCAAGUGCUGUUCACUCCAUGGAGCGACCUCUGAUUCUUCUGGCUCUAGGAACCUGGGAAAGAAAACAAUCUCAACAAUGAAUAGGCUACCCAUCACUACCAACUACAGAUGACUUGUCAUUUCAUUUACAAAGAUGUCGUCUGCUGCUGAAAAUGGAGAUGCAGCACCUGGGAAACAAAACGAAGAAAAAACCUAUAAAAAGACUGCGUCAUCUGCUAUCAAAGGUGCUAUUCAGCUGGGAAUAGGAUACACAGUGGGUAAUCUCACUUCCAAGCCAGAACGAGAUGUUCUCAUGCAAGACUUUUAUGUGGUGGAAAGUGUGUUCCUACCCAGCGAAGGGAGCAAUCUGACCCCGGCCCAUCACUACCCAGACUUCAGAUUUAAGACAUAUGCUCCGUUAGCAUUCCGAUACUUCAGAGAACUUUUUGGUAUCAAGCCUGAUGAUUACUUGUAUUCCAUCUGCAGUGAACCUCUAAUAGAGCUGUCCAACCCUGGGGCCAGCGGAUCUUUGUUUUUUGUGACCAGUGAUGAUGAAUUUAUCAUCAAAACAGUUCAGCAUAAAGAAGCUGAGUUCCUCCAGAAGCUACUGCCAGGCUAUUACAUGAAUUUAAACCAGAAUCCAAGGACUCUUUUGCCAAAAUUUUACGGACUGUACUGCAUGCAGUCAGGGGGCAUUAAUAUCAGGAUCGUGGUGAUGAACAACGUCUUGCCACGCUUCAUGAAAAUGCACUUUACUUAUGACUUAAAAGGCUCAACGUAUAAACGAAGAGCAUCCCGAAAAGAGAGAGAGAAAUCCAACCCCACGUUUAAGGACUUAGAUUUCCUGCAAGACAUGCACGAAGGGUUGUAUUUUGAUACAGAAACCUACAACGCACUUAUGAAAACACUUCAGAGAGACUGCCGGGUGCUGGAAAGCUUCAAGAUUAUGGACUAUAGCCUUUUGCUGGGGAUCCACAUCUUGGACCAUUCCCUCAAAGAGAAAGAAGAAGAGACCUCACAAAAUGUGCCUGAUGCUAAGAGGCCUGGGAUGCAGAAGGUCCUCUACUCAACAGCCAUGGAAUCUAUCCAGGGUCCAGGGAAAUCUGGAGAUGGGAUCAUCACAGAAAAUCCAGAAACAAUGGGAGGCAUUCCAGCAAAAAGCCAUAAGGGAGAAAAACUACUUUUAUUUAUGGGCAUUAUUGACAUUCUUCAAUCAUACAGGUUAAUGAAGAAGUUAGAACAUUCCUGGAAAGCUCUUGUUUAUGAUGGCGACACUGUUUCUGUUCAUAGACCAAGCUUUUAUGCAGACAGAUUUCUAAAGUUCAUGAAUUCCAGAGUUUUCAAGAAAAUUCAAGCUCUGAAGGCCUCACCUUCUAAGAAACGUUGUAAUUCCAUCGCCGCCUUAAAGGCGACCUCGCAGGAGAUUGUGUCCUCGAUUAGCCCGGAAUGGAAGGACGAGAAGCGAGAUUUGCUGACGGAAGGACAAAGUUUUAGCAGCCUUGAUGAAGAAGCCCUGGGAUCCCGACACAGGCCAGACCUGGUGCCCAGCACCCCGUCACUGUUUGAAGCUGCUUCCUUGGCGACCACGAUUUCAUCUUCUUCUUUGUACGUCAAUGAACAUUAUCCACACGACAGGACUACGCUUUAUUCAAACAGAGACCGGAUCUCUGUUGCCCGUGCUGUUCUUGAACUCCUGGCCUCAAAUGAUCCUCUUGCCUUGGCCUCCAGAAGUGCUGGGAUUACAGGCAUGAGCUACUGUGUGCCCAGCAAUGACUACUUGUUUUAAACCUGUGUGUAUGUGUGUGUGUGUUGGGGUGUGGUGUUGGAAAGAAAAAUAAACCUCAUAGACAUAUAUGAUGGAAAA